AUGCAUCGUAAUACCCCUCCCGGUCAAUCCGCAAACCCCAAUGUUUUCUCGGAUGAAUACUCGCUGGAACCGAUCGAUUCUGAGCAAACCACCCUCACUCCUCGAAGUCCUUCCAUUUCCUCGAUCGCCUCCUCUCAUACUCUCCGUACGAACCAGCCGCCUCCUGGGAAACCAUACGACGACUCAUCAAAUGAAUUGCAAUCAGCAGAAGAUCCUUUUGGCGAUGAGGCCCGUGUAUCCUUCGACGAUCCGAACCGGUCGAGUUUGCCCCAGAAAGGGGUGCUGGACGCCUCCCACAACAACCGCGAUUCAAUAGCCUCCAUUAAUACCAACACUCCUUCCAUUACGCAGCGCAGUCAGAGCACCUCUUCCCGUUUCUCGAUGCCCCCAAGAGCCCUAAGUCCUUACACCGGGGCCACCGGUCCUAGUCAUCCCUACGCCAUGUAUCCUCAAGUUGGUGUCAGUCGUUCUCCGAGUGUGACGACGACUUCAACAGUUCGCCCCAUGGACCGUCCUCUAGGAGAUACGACCGCGCCGCAACAUCCCUAUGCCAUGUAUUCGCAGAAUGUUGUGCUAGAGGAAGGCCUUGAUACUCCCAUAGACUCCCCCUUGGCAGGCGCCAUCGCAACUCCCCUAACUAAUCCAACUGUGAUACCCCUCGGCUUUCCCGGACAUAAUCAAGCCUACCAAAGGCCACCAGGUCGUGCAGAUGAUGAUGUGGGGGAUCUUAUUGGUCCCGAUGGACACACAGAGCAACUUCCUCCUUACUCCCGUUAUCCCGAGAAUGCGGCUCCAAAGAUUGAAGGUGGAUUUGUUGAGCCCAUUGGCGAGGCUGAAGUCCCGCGUGAUGAAAUUCCGAAUGCUACUGGUGGUCUCGAGCAAGGGGUAGGGGUCCAGCAAAUGUCGGAUGUGUCAUCGAGGACGAUGCUGCCGGAACAACAAGCAGCGAAUGAUAACAACAACAUCAUCAACAGCAAUGACAAUGACAAUAACAACAAUAACGGCGAUCAAGGGAACAAUGCCGGUGCCGAAACAGCUCCUGUUUCAGGCGUCAUGGCGUUUGAGGAGAAAUUGAAAAGCAAGGGCAAAAAAAGGGCUUGUUGCGGGCUGCCUGUAUGGACGAUCGUUUUAGUCGUGACUGUCAUGGUGGUGGCAGCCAGUAUUGGUGGUGCCAUUGGCGGGGUGCUAGGAGCACGGAAAGCGGCAGACGAGGAGAAAUCAAAGCCAAAGGGACCCAACAUUGUCACCGUAACCGCGACACCCAAAUCGGAUGCGACCCCAAUAUCGACUAUCCCAGCUAGACUCAAGUCUAUCCCCACUGGCUCAUACAUAAUUCCGGCCGAUCUCAGGAAUCAGUCUAAGUUCUGCAUCUCCGAUCCAGAUUACAGAAUGGCGUGGAGUUGCCAGUCGCAGGGUGGAAUCCCUAUUGAGGUUGAUGGGAACAGUAGUAGACACACCGUCACCUUUCCUUCUCAGCCUUUUGAUCCGUCGUCCAUGUCAUACGGUGCUCAGGCACCACUCUUGAACGAUCAAACACAGUCGUUGAGUUAUGUGAUGGACACUAGCGAUUACAGCAUGGGCCCGGCUCUGUUUUUCUACGCCUUGUUUGAUAAAUUGGUCGUUCUCCCUCAGGACACAUUUUCGUCAAGCUCGGUGUCGUCAUCAUCGUCGUCGAAGCGAUCAAUCUCUGAAUCGGACAUUUUGGCUAGUUCGCUCAGUCGGAAGCAGGCGACACAGACUGGCGAGAAGCCUUGGUUUUGUUGGUGGAAUGCCACAGUCUUGGAGUUCUUCCUCUACGUCAAUGAGACAAGUCGAGAGUCUCACUAUAGUUCCACUGCCACAUUGACGUACGACACGGCCACCGAGACCCCCAGCUACGGCGCUACAACACAGAGCAGCGAUCUUCCCAGUUAUCCUCGCAGAAUCAAGAUCGGGGAGAAACGUGACUACCCAGAGGCUAGGGCACCCUACUGCCAACAAAUGGAAGUGCUGGGCAGUGGAGAUGUUCGUACAUAUUCUCCAGCUACGAUUCAAGUCCACGAGGUCGAACCGACCCCGACAACAACACUCAAGGGCGAUGGCAGUGCUACCCAGACAUAUACCGCAAAAGCGGAAUAUGAAAGCGCGUGUUAUUGUGCCUCUUUGACUGAUUAG